UCCCUCCUCCCACCCCUUGAGGUCCUGAGUCAUUAUUUUAAUUACCCCCACGGAGGUUUAACACCCUGAAGGCUCUACAGCUCUCUACUUACUUCCCAGUGCACUGCUCAAUGAUGGCCUGUGGAGUUGUGAUCCUCCUGUGUGGCUGGGUCCUAGCUUCCUGUCAUGGGUCUAACCUGGAUGUGGAGAAGCCCAUCGUGUUCAGAAAGGAUGCAGCCAGCUUUGGACAGACGGUGGUACAGUUUGGUGGAUCUCGACUCGUGGUGGGAGCCCCUCUGGAGGCGGUGGCAGUCAACCAAACGGGACAGUUAUAUGACUGUGCACCUGCCACUGGCACGUGCCAGCCCAUCUUACUACGCAUUCCCCUAGAGGCAGUGAACAUGUCCCUGGGCCUGUCUCUGGUGGCUGCCACCAACCACUCCCAGUUGCUGGCUUGUGGUCCAACUGCUCAGAGAGCUUGUGCAAAGAACAUGUAUGCAAAAGGUUCCUGCCUCCUUCUGGGCUCCAGCUUGCAGGUCAUCCGGGCAGUCCCUGCUACCAUGCCAGAGUGUCCAGGACAAGAGAUGGACAUUGCUUUCCUGAUUGAUGGUUCUGGCAGCAUUGAGCGAAGUGACUUUAUCCAGAUGAAGGACUUCGUCAAAGCUUUGAUGGGCCAGUUGUCGAGCACCAGCACCUUAUUCUCCCUGAUGCAAUACUCAAACAUCUUAAAGACCCAUUUUACCUUCACGGAAUUCAAGAGCAGCCUGAGCCCUCAGAGCCUGGUGGAUGCCAUCGUCCAGCUGCAAGGCCUGACGUUCACAGCCUCGGGCAUACGGGAAGUGGUGACGGAGCUAUUCCAUAGCAAGAAUGGGGCCCGCAAGAGUGCCAAGAAGGUGCUAAUUGUCAUCACAGAUGGGCAGAAAUUCAGAGACCCCCUGGAGUACAGACAGGUCAUCCCUGAAGCAGAGAAAGCUGGGAUCAUUCGCUAUGCUAUUGGGGUUGGAGAAGCCUUCCGGGAACCCACUGCCCUGCAGGAGCUGAACACCAUUGGCUCAGCUCCCCCACAGGACCACGUGUUCAAGGUGGGCAACUUUGUAGCACUUCGCAAGAUCCAGAGGCUACUUCAGGAGAAAAUCUUUGCCAUUGAGGGAACCCAAUCAAGGUCAAGUAGUUCCUUUCAGCAUGAGAUGUCACAAGAAGGUUUCAGCUCAGCUCUCACAACGGAUGGACCAGUUCUGGGGGCUGUGGGAAGCUUCAGCUGGUCUGGAGGUCAUGGGGAGCAGGGCCAUCCUUGGGGCCGCUUUGGGGCGGCUCUGACAGUGCUAGGGGAUGUGAAUGGAGACAGUCUGGCGGAUGUGGCUAUUGGUGCACCUGGAGAGGAGGAGAACAGAGGUGCUGUCUACAUAUUUCAUGGAGCCUCGAGACAGGGCAUCGCUCCCUCGCCCAGCCAGCGGGUCACUGGCUCCCAGCUCUCCCUGAGGCUCCAAUAUUUUGGGCAGUCAUUAAGUGGGGGUCAGGACCUUACCCAGGAUGGCCUGGUGGACCUGGCCGUGGGAGCCCAGGGGCACGCGCUGCUGCUUAGGAGUCUGCCUUUGCUGAAAGUGGGGAUGUCCAUUAGAUUUGCCCCCACAGAGGUGGCAAAGGCUGUGUACCAGUGCUGGGAAGGAACUCCCACUGUCCUCGAAGCUGGAGAAGCCACUGUCUGUCUCACUCUCCACAAAGGUUCACCUGACCUGUUAGGUCAUGUCCAAAGCUCUGUCAGGUAUGAUCUGGUGUUAGAUCCGGGACGUCUGAUUUCUCGUGCCAUUUUUGAUGAGACAAAGAACUGCACUUUGACUCGAAGGAAGACCCUGGGGCUUGGUGAUCACUGCGAAACAAUGAAGCUGCUUUUGCCAGACUGUGUGGAAGAUUCGGUGAGCCCUAUCACCCUGCGCCUCAACUUUUCCCUGGUAGGAGACUCUACUUCAUCCAGGAACCUUCGUCCUGUGCUGGCUGUGGGCUCACAAGACCACAUAACAGCCUCUCUCCCGUUUGAGAAGAACUGUAAGCAGGAGCUCCUGUGUGAGGGGGACCUGGGCGUCAGCUUCAACUUCUCAGGCCUGCAGGUCUUGGUGGUGGGAAGCUCCCCAGAGCUCACAGUGACAGUCACGGUGUGGAAUGAGGGUGAGGACAGCUAUGGAACCUUAAUCAAGUUCCACUACCCAGCAGGCCUGUCUUACCGACGGGUAACCGGAGCCCAGCAACCUCAUCCGUACCCACUACGCUUGGUGUGUGAGGCUGAGCCCACGGGCCAGGAGAGCCUAAAGAGCAGCAGCUGUAGCAUCAAUCACCCCAUCUUCCGAGAAGGUGCAAAGGCCACUUUCAUGAUCACAUUUGAUGUCUCCUACAAGGCCUUCCUGGGAGACAGGUUGCUUCUGAGGGCCAACGCAAGCAGUGAGAAUAAUAAGCCUGAAACCAGCAAGACUGCCUUCCAGCUGGAGCUCCCGGUGAAGUACACAGUCUAUACCGUGAUCAGUAGGCAGGAAGAUUCCACCAAGCAUUUCAACUUCUCAUCUUCCCACGGGGAGAGAAGGAAAGAGGCAGAACAUCGAUAUCGAGUGAAUAACUUGAGUCCAUUGAAGCUGGCCAUCAGUGUUCACUUCUGGGUCCCCAUCCUCCUGAAUGGUGUGGCUGUGUGGGAUGUGACUCUGAGGAGCCCAGCAGAGGGUGUCUCCUGUGUGUCACAGAGGGAACCUCCUCAGCAUCCCGACUUUCUGACCCAGAUUCAAAGACGUUCUGUGCUGGACUGCUCCAUUGCUGACUGCCUGCACUUCCGCUGUGAUGUGCCCUCCUUUGGCAUCCAGGAUGAACUUGACUUCAUUCUGAAGGGCAACCUCAGCUUCGGCUGGGUCAGUCAGACAUUGCAGAAAAAGGUGCUACUCCUGAGUGAGGCUGAAAUCACAUUCAACACAUCUGUGUACUCCCAGCUGCCAGGACAGGAGGCAUUUCUGAGAGCCCAGGUGGCAACGAUGCUAGAAGAGUAUGUGGUCUAUGACCCCAUCUUCCUCGUGGCGGGCAGCUCGGUGGGAGGUCUGCUGUUACUGGCUCUCAUCACAGCAGCACUGUACAAGCUUGGCUUCUUCAAACGUCAGUACAAAGAAAUGCUGGAUGGUAAGCCUGCAGAUCCUGACACAGCCAGCCAGGUGGAUUUCAACUUUGAGACUCCUCCACAUCUUCCAUCCUAGGAAUUAACUUUCCUGUGUAUCUCCACAAUGAAGAGAUUGGUCUUGCUUUUGCCUAUGAAUCUACUGGCAUGGGAACAAGUUCUCUACAGCUCUCUACUAGCCUGGGAAACUUCCCAGGCAUGAUGCCACCCUUCCUGAGCUGGGAGAUGUUUAUGCUUUUGCCCAUGUGUCAGACUUCAGUGCUGCUCCACGUUUUUUUUGCAAGAGCAGGAAUGGGGUCAGCAUAAAUUUACAUAUGGAUAAGAAUUACCACACAAUACAGACUGAGGAGAGUAUGCUCAAUAUUCAA